UUCAGCGAUUUUGAGAUGUUGAUUAUCUUAGGCACGUUUUAUCGGAGUGAUGGUGAUAUUGAGAACUUUGCGUGUGAAUGGUUGAAAGCAAACAAAGUGGUUUGGAGUACAUGGGUUCCAGACAAGCUGAACCCUAAGAGAAAGAUCUACCUCGGAGGUCUUUUCCCAGACAACAUGGCAGAGUUUAGUAGCAUUGGGAUUGGUGCUCAGCUUGCUGUAGAGGCGGUCAAUAAAGACGGCAAUAUCUUAAGCUCUCAUGAGAUUGAGCUGAUUGUAGAUGGAUCUGAUGGGAGUGACGCAGUAGCAUCUUACUUGAGACUACAAAGUGAUAAAGCAAAACCAAUCAUAGGUGUGAUUGGUCCAAUGGAGUCAGAUGACUCUAAAGUUGUUGGUUUAAUAGCUGGUCUCUAUAAGACUGUUGUUAUAAGCUACAGUGCAGAAUCACCCAUCCUAUCCAGUGACGUGCAGUUUCCAUACUUUGCUCGUACAAUACCUAGUGCAGAUGAAGAUGCUUAUGCAUUGAUAGAGUUCUUCAAGACCAACAACUGGAAGCGUUAUGCAGCGUUAUCUGACAGUACAAUCUCAAGUCUUGAGGUCAUCUCAGCUGUAGAAGACAUUCUUGAGUCACAUGAGAUAACUCUCGUCUCAUCUCAGAGUUUCACCACCCCUCUCCCUCUAAACCCAGCCCUCUUCUUUCAAGACAUUAAGAACCAGCGAGCGAGUAUCAUCAUUGGAAAGUUUUCUGACGCAGCGGCACGAGUGCUGCUAUGUGAAGCUUAUCAACAGGAUGUUACCGGCUACGCAGGCUACCAGUGGUUCUUACCCUCACAUUACCCUGAUGGUUGGUGGGACACCGACUACUACAAUAGUGAUAUGCAUGAACCCACUGAGUCGGUACCCUGUAGAACUCAUGAGAUGGCUCUAGCUGUAGCUGGUUACAUGAGUCUAUCGAGAAUGAGUGUUGCGGAAGGGGGUCAGCGAGUGAUUGGAGGACUCAGUGCUACUCAGUGGCACGAACGAUAUCAACGGGAACUCAUUCAUCAGGGAAAGCAGGCAACAGAUUUUGCGGCGUAUGCGUAUGAUGCAGUCUGGACCUUUGCCUUAGCAUAUGAGAAACUCUUGCACGAAAGCCCAGGUGCGCUGACUGUCUCAAGGCAGAAUCGUGAGAUGCAGUUUAUUAUGGAGACUCUGUCUCAGACUGAGUUUGAAGGGAUGACAGGCAAAGUGGUUUUUGACGGGACAGAUCGUCGAGGCCCUAUCCGGAUCUUUCAGCAUCUACCCCUGGGGUCAAAGGUCAUCACAUCGAUUGCUCAAUACGCUCCGCAUAAAAUUAACAGCAGUGUCUGGACUGGGACAUUUGAAGUCAAUGCAAGCGAUAUCGUCUGGUUAAAUGAUGGAAAAAUACCCCACGAUGGAACAAUAAUUGAUGGUAGGGGAUGCGCUGUAGAGAGUUUCCGAUCGUUUCUCAAUGUUGACUGCCAAUCUGCGAUGGCAAUCCUUAAUGCUUUCCUCAUCAUCGUUGUCUUCGUUAUACUCAUCAUCUUUGUUGUCCUCGUCAAGAAAGCUUAUGAUCGUAAGAUCAAGAAAGCCGAAGAGAGAGUGAAGGAUCUUGGCAUCAUCGCUCUCGGACAGAGCACUCUACUCUCUCUGGACAAGUGGGAGAUACCUCGGACUAAUGUUAUCCUGAAUCGUAAGCUGGGCGAGGGCGCUUUUGGGACUGUGUAUGGCGGGGAGGCGUUGCUGACGGGUACCAAGUGGGUCGGGGUCGCAGUCAAGACGCUUAAAGUGGAAUCUACCAUUGAGGAAAAGCUCGAUUUCUUGAGUGAGGCUGAGAUGAUGAAACGAUUUGACCACAAAAAUAUUGUGCAGCUGUUGGGCGUUUGCACUCGUAGGGAACCCAUAUACGCCAUCAUGGAUUUCAUGUUACACGGUGAUUUAAAGACCUUCCUAUUGGCGAGACGCCAUCUUGUAAGCCAGAGUUCAUCCAAUGACAUGACCGUUUCUCCAGAGCGACUCACCGCUAUGGUUCUUGAUGUUGCUACUGGAUUGAGAUACCUAGCUUCUCAUAAAUAUGUGCAUCGAGAUCUAGCAUGUCGUAACUGCCUUGUGGACUGUUCUUACACUGUAAAGAUUGCAGACUUUGGGAUGACUAGAGCAACUUAUGAUUCUAACUAUUACAGGCUCAGCAGGGAAGGUAAGAUGCCAGUUCGUUGGAUGGCCCCAGAGAGUGUCAAUGAAGGAAUCUUCACAACAAAGAGCGAUAUCUGGAGCCUCGGUAUAAUCAUCUACGAGGUCGUGACCUUUGGCGGAUUUCCUUAUAAGGAUUUGAGCAAUGCGGAGGUGUUGGAGUUUAUCCGUCAUAACAAUGCUAUGAGACCACCGGACGACUGUAGCCCAUCUCUUGCUGGACUGAUGCAGCGCUGUUGGUCCAUUGAACCUGAAGAACGUCCAACAGCUUCCGACGUCGUUGAAAUCCUGAGCGUUAAUUUAGAUCUGAUCCAACCGUCCAUCAACGAACCCGUGAUGAACAUUCUAGAAGAUGACUUAGCGCAUUCUCGGACUGCACCUAGAGGGAACAGGGCAGACAGCUUCCAAAGUGAGGGCACCAUUAUGGAUUUCGAUCCACCAAACAUCUCGAGGACGGAUCAGGUUGCGAGUCUCGGGAGGCGGCUACGAGCGUCGUUUGUCCGAACAUUGUCGUGGAAUAGACGCCGUUCACAUACAUUACAUACAAUCGAGAUGUCGGAUGCGGAAAGUAAACAUAAAGACUUAGAGUCCUCAACUCAGGAACUUGUGCCGUCGACAUUCUCUGUGAUAACUUGUACUACAAGGAGUUCUUUGAUAUCUCUCAAUCAAUCGAUGAGGACUAGCUUAAGAAGUACGUCAGCUCCAAGAGAUUCAAGCUCAUCGAGUGGAGUAGACUUUAACAUCACAGACAGUGUGUCGGGUGAGAUGACUGUUGGCGGGGGAUUUGUACUGCGUCGGUCGGCAACUGAUUCAGAUAUUAUUGAUCCGACAGUAAACAAUAAUUCCAAGAUGGUUGGUGCAAGGCAGAAUAAGUUUCAUGAUUUGAACUUACAGCCUGGUUUUGUUGUUCAAAUUGGAGAUGAGUCUCUUUUGUUACCGACCCGGAAGUCUCGACAACACAGAAGGUCAAGAAGUAGGUCAUUAGGUAACCUCCGGUCACCCCACACUUCCAAAAAAGUAAUAAAUGAAAGAUGUUUAAAUUCAGAAGAAAGUAAGGCUUGAUGAGUCUGAAAUGACAUCACUAUUUGGCCAUCAAAGGGAAAAUGUUCCACAGGGAUCAGUAAUUGGCCCUUAAAUAAAAGUAUGAAUAAACAGGGUUCUUUGAGAGGCACCCAUGUUUUAAGACAAUUUGUAUUUUGUACUUUCACAAGUACAAAGAGCCAAAACUUCUGGUCUUUUUCAAAAUAUAUCUGAGUGAAAUUAGGAUAAUAAUGGUAACAAUCAAAUUAUACCAGAUUAACAUAUGCACACAAUGUCUUCCAUUACAAGUAUUAUUGAAUAUUAUAUUCUCUAAAGUUAAGUUAACAUGUAAACAAAACACGAGCAUUCUGUUUCUAGCCCAAUUAAAUUCUACAACAUAGCAAAUUGUUUUACAUUAAUUUUUUAUUUUUUUUUAAAGUUGGAAGUUUUUUAUAAACUGUAUAUAGCAUGUAUACUACUUCCAUCACCUAAAUAAAUUAUGCAAACUAUUUUAAAGGUAUCUUAUGAUAUCAAAUGCAAUAAAUGAGUGCUUAGUUUAAUUCUGUGAAUUAAAUAAGUUGAAUCAAUAUGUCACACCCCAUGAUUGACUGAGUUAUUGUCCAAACUAUAGACCGUAUUGAGACGUCAUCGUUCAAAUAUCUGCCCUACAACAUGCCGUCUGUGAGCGUGUGGGUGUGUACAUGCGUGCUUGUACCGUAGAAAUCAAACCGGGAACGCUGCGUGUGCCUCUUUGAUGUACGCGUUUAGACGCACAUUACAGUUUACCCUACAAGAUGGCAACUUUCAUAGCAACAAAGGGGUUAUUUAAUAAUAAUAA